AGAUUACCUUGAAAACAACAGUAGAAUAUCGCAGUCCAGGUUUUACAUUACACCUCAAUAUAUAAAGAAGUUGUAUUAUAUAUUCAAAAUGCAUAUUUAGCAAAGUACAUAGCCAAUCCCACGAGUUUAAGAAAAAACAAAGAAAAAAACAAAGCGGACUCGGGUGUCCGUGCUAUCUAGCAUCCUUGGGACUAGUUGAAAUGUAAAAUUGUUAAGGGUUAUGAUAUGGAUAUCCCAAGGAUCCCGAAUAGCACUAGUCUUAUUAUACCUCAAGUGGGCUUCAAACACUUAAACAUUACCCCGGUUGUAAUCAUUGGUGGAAAGCAUUCGGCGCGUCGACCUCUAACCAAUCAGCGAAUUGUUUUCCUGUCCCGGAAUGUAAUAAAUAUCGCGGACGAAGAAAUAGUGAGGGAAAGGACAAAUAAGUAAUUUCAGGACUGUGUGAUUUAUAAACCAAUACAUUAUUCAAUAUAACGUUAAUACUUUAUUAUUAUGCACAACUAUUGCUAAAUUGUUAUCUGGCUUUUAAGAGAAUGGGGCCGUGUUGUGAUACGAAGGACACACGUAAGGUAAGCUAACUCGCUUUAGGCCUCUAGCUAAAUUUACGCGGAAAAGGAGGGCAAGUAGCUAGCCAAACUAGCUCGCUAACUGUUUAUAGGAAAUACUAGCUAGUAAUUUGUGCAACGAACACGUUAGCCAGUUACAUCUAAGCAAGCAAUUCCAAAACCCCCUAACUCAUUUGUGGUGUAUUGCUUUAGCUAGUAAGCUAAGGUUAAUUGGCAAAAAUGAGCGAAAAAAAGAGCUGCAGCAAAAAGUCUGCAGUCUCCGCACUGAAGAAACGAUGUCCGUCCCCUGAACAGGCUGGUGAGGCCCCGCUUCCUAGUAAGUUAGCCAGAGUGGGCGACGACGUGUCCAGUGAAUUAACGUCGAAUUCUCAUGGAAACAAAAAUAGGGAAGAUGGCGAUAAAGUAUCAGCCAAGGAAGAGAAUAAUGGAAAUGACGAGAGUGGACUUGACGCUGAUGCACAGGUCAGCGCCGCGGAGAGUGCACCAGUCUCUCGCGAUCCAAAGAAAGUAGACACAGAGGAAAGUGCUGGAGAUUGCCGACCCUCAACUUCAAUGGACCAGUCUGAUUCGGUCGCAAUGGCAGCCGCCAAGGCACUCGCUAGUUCCACAAGAGCAACAACAGAUGAGGCGAAACAAACCUCCUGCUCCUCCAAAAAAGUUGUACAUCAUGAGAGACUGGGACACAAAGUUAAGCGUGGUGACCAUGAGUCCUCAAACGAACGGGCAAAACCUGAAAGGGGUCUUCACACGCAGGCAGCAGCGGCAGACAGCUCUACCUCACUGUGUGGAGUUGACAGGGAGGAUGCUGAGGACAUGCCUGAUGAGGACGACGACUCAAUACCUGGAUCAUCCUCCACACAGAGUUCCUCAUUCCCAUCAGAUAAUGACGAUGACGGGGAGUGCGCCAUAGUAUCAGUGAAGAUGGCCCCAGAGAUCCGACAAUCAUUGUCCCUUCUAGCACAGGUACAGAUGAGGCUGGAUACUCUGGAGAAGAAAGGUGCGUGGCUCCACCAGCGGUUAGAGCUGAAGAUGAGCUGCCAGCGCCGUCCACACCUGGACCAGCGCAGCUCAAUCACACAAGCCAUCCCCGACUUCUGGGUCACGGCAUUGUUGAACCACCCUCAUCUCUCUGCUCACAUCGACGAAACCGAUGAAGACGCUCUCAGUUACAUGACCAACCUUGAAAUUGAAUCCUUCAAAAACAACAAGCUUGGCUACAGAAUUGGGUUCCACUUCAGGCAGAACCCUUACUUCCAAAACGUCAUCAUAGUGAAGGAGCUCCACCUUGGAAUGGGAGGAACUCCAGUGUCUUUCUCUGACCCCAUCCUGUGGUACCGCGGGCAGAAUCUGACGCUCCACAGUGAACCCAGGAGAUCGAGACGUGGCAUCUACCAGACCUUCUUCAGCUGGUUCAGCGACCACACCAGCCCUGGCCGGGACGAUAUAGCACAGAUACUGAAGGAUGACCUUUUCAGAAACCCUCUGAGAUAUUACCUGACUCCACUGUGGGAACCCAGGCAGAAUGGCAGCACCAGUGGGCCCAAGCCAGCUGACAACAGCAACAGGGAUGAUUGUGUGGUGAUCUCCGACUCGGAUGAUGACGAAGACCAGGCUGAAGAGCAGGCUAAGCCUGGACGAGGUCAUAGCAGGGAAGAGGAGGAUGAAGAUGAAGAUGAGGACGAGGUGCAUCGGGGCCAAGAUGCAGUGUCUGAUGACAGCGGCCAGGAGGCCAGAGAGGAUGAGGACUCGUACGGAGAGAAGGAUGAAGAGGUGGAUGAAUCACGAGGUCGCGAGGUUCGAGACCAAGAUGACGAGGAGGAUAUUGAGGUGGACGAAGAAGCGGACAAGUGCUAAGAUUGUUCAUUUUUCCCAGUUUCCUUUUUUCUUAUUAUGCACAAAAUCUAAAUUAUUAAUCCAUUCUAAGUUCCUCAUUGCCUUUUUAAUAAUCAGGGCAAAUUAAAAAAGCAGAGACACAAUGUUUUGACCUCUUGGUCAGUCCACCUUUUGAGUACUUUAACUUGGUCGAAGAAAAAAAACUUUGUUUCACCUUUAACAUUCUGUCAUAAAGAGCACAUGUUAAAAAAACAUGUUUUCCCAUUUCAAGACUAUAGGAGGUGCCUGUAAAGUGGGUUGAUGAUUUUCUUCAAUUAGCCAUAAAAUCCCUGUUAACAGGGAGAAAUGGAAGCUUGUCUUGUGCAACAGGGAGGGGCAAUUUGAAUGCGAGCUUCACCUCAAAAAAUAAAAUUGUUAAAACAUUUCUAGUGUCAACCUUGUUACCCAUAGAUAGACAUGUUAUGCUCAACCCGUAUAGUUUUCUGCCACAAAACUCUAGAAAAUUGCCAAAAAGAAUCGAACCAGCUCACCUGCAUUUGUGCACAAUUUCUACUUAAAGUAUCAAAGGGAUGCAAAAGGAACUCAUUUCGUCGAACAACCCGUAUGUUUUGAUUUUUGUUUAGAAUUUAGAUCCCAGUAAUAAAGAAUCUAAGGAGCCAUGCCUAUAUAUCUUAAUUCUGCAUCGUAAAAGGUAUUCGUUCUUGAGUCAUUCACUCUUGUUGAUAGGGCUACUUAACACAAAAUGGGAAGAACUAAUACAAUCAUAUUAAAUGAGGUUUGAGACUGCGAAAAUUUGAGAGCAUCUCUUGUUGCAAGUAAUUCUAUAAAACAAUCUAGAUAUUUUACUGACCGGUAUCAGUGAUCAUGUCUUGAACUUUUCCUAUUGUAAAUCUGAUCUUUGACAAAGUAAAAAGGUGAUUUUAUUUUGUUGUAAUCAUUUACAAAACAUUGUCUCGGAUGCACUUCGUACUGAACCAAAUCUUGUUCUCAGGGAUGACCUAGUCGUGGGUGUUUUCAUGGAAGGAAACUGAUUUAUUUUAGGGACCGUAUAAGGUUUUCUUACACACCUGGCAUUGUUUGGGUGUAUCUGUGUAAAUAAGUUUAUUCUACAGUUUGUUAGUUUAAGGUAAAUAUAGGUAAUGUGUCACCAGUGUUUUGCCUUUUCUAUCAUAAACUUAGUGUGUAGCUCUACACCCAUAUUCCCAUGUUUCUAUCAUAAACUUAGUGUGUAGCUCUACACCCAUAUUCCCUUGUUUCUAUCAUAAACUUAGUGUGUAGCUCUACACCCAUAUUCCCUUGUUUCUAUCAUAAACUUAGUGUGUAGCUCUACACCCAUAUUCCCUUGUUUCUAUCAUAAACUUAGUGUGUAGCUCUACACCCAUAUUCCCUUGUUUCUAUCAUAAACUUAGUGUGUAGCUCUACAUCCAUAUUCCCAUAUUUUCUAGUCAGUGAAUUCAUUUAAAUAAUUUUAAAGCUGGAAUCCUGCAUAGCGACACAGCCACGUCCGUUUGCAAUAUUACAACAAAGAAGUUACUGCAAAUAACACUUCCCCCUCUGAUGUCAUUGCAAAGCGCGAUUGAAGAGCACAAUAUGUACUGCAAUGCUUUACUGCUCCUCAGCCAGUGGUGCGGUUUCCCACUACUCCGGAUUCCAUCUUUAAAUAUAUUUUAACAAAUUGAUUGAGAUGUGUGAAAUCCAACAUUUUGUCAUGAAUUGUAAUAUUUUGAGCUUGUUGCAAUGUUUUUAUCUUUUAGAAACUGGCAUAAGUAUAUAUAUUUUUUUGCAUUAAGUAAAGUUAAGUCACGAUGAUGUUUGAAUGGUGUGCUGUCCAGAGCGAAUAUUUGCAUUGAGUGGUCUGACGAAGUAGCAUAACUGUAGCCACGGGUUGCUCUUAAACUACUGUAACAAUACUAGUGCUUUUGUUAUUUCUUUUCCACACAAACUGAUGGCAUUGGCAUGUACAUAUUUAAAGUUGACCUUUUUUGCAGAGUUCAGAUCUGUUAAGCUUAAAUCGUUAUCUGUAACCAUCUGGAAUUUGAAAUAUAGUGUACAUUAACAGAAAGUUAUAUUUUGUGUGCUGAAUUUUAUAGUAUGCUGUAGUUUUGAAAAAAAUGUUUUAGUUUUUUAAGAUGUCCACAUUUUGAAUCAGACUUAAUUAAAUAGCAAGUUAUUUA